AUGGCGGAGAGGAGCCAAGUCCACCCCAGCUGUGGGAAAGGCUUAAUUGGAGCUUGUGCCUUCGGCACCAUGGAGGCCGAGGUCUCAUUAGGUGGGCUCAGGUGUGCUUGUCCCCUUCAGGGCUGCCGCUGCCCGCUUUGUCCUUGCCUUCCUUCAGCGCCCCAGCCUCCCCACUACGGGCCUGAGCCCACAAGGGCAUGCCCUUCAGCAACAGCUCCUGCCGCUUCACCUCAGGCUUCGCCCUUCCGCCCUAUCGCUCCCGCGGGGCACAAAGAGAGCGCCCGGGCCGGCAAAUACGAAGACAAGUCCGAACGGCGGUGCCUCGCCAGCCAACAGCCCGUCGCUCAGAACCAGGUGAUAGCGGGAGCGAGGGGGAUCGCUGCCCUCCCAGCGCCGGGGCCGCCUUCGCGGGCAGCCUCUGCUGGCCUCGCCCUGCUGCGGGUGGGCUCCGAGGCCGUGCCCGUCGCGCUGGCCGGGCGGCGUCUGGCGUGGCUGGAAGGGGUGCUGGGAGGCAGCUGUCAGCGCAGCUGUACCCCAGCUGCCGGCCGCCGCUGGUCGUCCCUCCUUCUAGCGAACAAGUCGUCCCCAGCCUUAGGAAAAUUUGCAGUGGUGAAGAAGUGUAUCCAGAAAGACACUGAAAGAGAGUUUGCAGCAAAAUUUAUGAGAAAAAGAAGAAAGGGCCAAGACUGUCGGAUGGAAAUAAUCCACGAAAUUGCAGUCCUUGAGCUGGCACAAUGCAACCUUUGGGUCAUUAACUUGCAUGAAGUUUAUGAAACUGCAACAGAGAUGAUUUUAGUCCUGGAAUAUGCUGCUGGAGGUGAAAUCUUUGACCAGUGUGUGGCUGAAAGAGAGGAAGCCUUCAAAGAAAAAGAUGUUAAACGACUUAUGAAGCAGAUCUUAGAAGGAGUUUCAUUCUUGCACAGAAACAAUGUGGUUCAUCUUGACUUAAAGCCCCAAAAUAUUCUGCUAACCAGUAAGUCUCCUCUGGGAGACAUUAAGAUAGUAGAUUUUGGCCUUUCCAGAAUAAUGAAGAGCAGUGAGGAACUAAGAGAAAUUAUGGGAACUCCAGAAUACGUAGCUCCUGAAAUUCUGAGUUAUGACCCAAUCAGUACAGCAACCGACAUGUGGAGCAUUGGAGUACUGGCAUAUGUUAUGCUAACAGGGAUAUCGCCUUUCUUAGGGGAUGAUAAACAAGAAACGUUCUUAAAUAUAUCUCAAAUGAACGUAAGUUACUCUGGAGAAGACUUUGACCUCAUAUCAGAGUCUGCUGUGGAUUUCAUCAAAACUCUGCUGGUUAAGAAACCCGAGGACCGGGCAACCGCUGAAGAGUGUCUGCAACAUCCAUGGUUAGAACAAAGCGAUAAUCCUGCUUGCAGGGCCUGGAAUAAGAGUACAGGAGGGGAGACCAGUGAUGUCACCCAGAAAGACGCAGAUUCUGCCUCUGAAAAAUCGGUAGAUGCCGAGAAGACUGAAGAAGAAGAAUCAAUAGUGACAGAAGAACUAAUUGUAGUGGCUUCAUAUACACUGGGACAAUGUAGGCAGUCAGAAAAAGAAAAAGUAACUGAGCAGAAAGCCAUUUCCAAACGAUUUAAGUUUGAGGAACCAUUACUGCAAGAAAUACCAGGAGAAUUCAUUUACUGAACUGUGUGGAGCUUCAUAGCUAUAACUGGAAGGCAGUGUUUUCUACUAAACAAAAAUAUCCUAGCCAAGUGCGUUUCUGAUAUGCAAUAAAUGUUCUAGAUAAAAAAAUGUUGAUAAAUGGCAUCCAAGGAAAAUGUGCCAAGUUUUUAAUUUCAUGGAACAGAUAAACAAGAUUUCAAGUGGCUGACAGGAAUUUAACAAAGAUAAAAAGCUUAUUUUUGUUUGUAAUUUUUAUUUCUGGUUUUUUGUUGCUUGAUAGCAGAGUGUUUGUUAAUUGUUCCAGUGUUCUGGAGAAGUUGACAUUGGAAGUGUUUCAGUGACAGAUGUCAAGACAAAUGUUUUUAGGAUAUGUUUUGGCACUUAAUGCAAAUAUAUAAUGCUGGGUUUUCUUCAAACACCUUUUAGCACUCCUGACUUCAGUGGAACUAUCUACUGAUCUAAAAAUUGUAUGAGAGGAGAAUUUGAUCAACUGAUUUGACAUACA